AUAGGAAUGAUGGCAUUGGAUACAGUUUGAAGGACUUAACAAAGUUGGGAAUUAGCUGCGACCUCCAACAUGCCGUCCAAGCCUGCCCCAAUCAAGAAGGCGGCUAAGAAAGAACCAGCCAAGGAGGAGCCGGUUGCUGAACCCGCCGCGGAGCCUGCUCCUGUCGAGGAAGCUCCCCCAGCCGAAGCCGCCCCAGCUCCCGUGGAGGGCGAAGCGGCCCCAGCUGAGGGAGAGGCCCCCGCACCCGCAGAGGGUAAUGCCCCGUGCGCAGCGGCGCCUGCUGCUGCUCCAGCCACAGAAGAAGCUGCUCCUGCUGCAGACUCUGAAGCACCUGCUGCUGAGGGCGAGGCACCUGCGGCACCUGCAGAAGAGCCACCUAAGCCACCCACACCUCCACCACCUAAAGAGCCAACAAGUGCUCCUGUGGAUCUGUUUGUUGAGGACAAAAAUGACACUUCUGUCACCAUCAUGUGGAGCCAGCCUGAGAACAUCGGGCCCACUGGCCUGGACGGAUAUACCAUUGAAGUCUGCAAGGAUGGAACUGACGACUGGAAAGCAGUCAAUGAGGAUCUGCAGAAGUCCUGCCGCUACGUUAUCAAGAACCUGACCACCGGUGACCGUCUGAAGAUUCGCGUGGUCGCUGUGAAUGAAGGAGGCCGCAGCCCCCCUGUCGCCCUCCCUGAGUCUGUCCUGGUGAAGGAGGUUGCUGACCGUCCCAAGGUCCGCUUGCCUCGUUUCCUUAGGCAGAGAUACGUUGCUCAUGUUGGAGACAAGAUCAACCUGACCGUCCCCUUCACAGGUAAACCCAAACCUGUGGUCAGCUGGACUAAGAAUGGUGGGGCGCUUGACACAAAGAGAGUGAACAUCCGCAGCACCGAAAGAGACAGCAUCCUGUUCAUCCGUGCAGCCGAGAGAGAGGACUCCGGUGUGUACGAGAUGUGCGUGAAGGUGGAGGACUUCGAAGACAAAGCCUCACUUACCCUUCAAAUUGUUGAGCUGCCAGGACCUCCUGCAAGUGUGAAGAUUGUGGAUACCUGGGGAUUCAAUGUUGCUCUGGAGUGGACCGCACCCAAAGACAAUGGAAACACUGAGAUCACAGGGUACACGAUCCAGAAGGCUGACAAAAAGACCGGGGACUGGUUCACUGUGCUGGAGCAUUACCACAGACUGAAUGCCACCAUCUCGGACCUCAUCAUGGGCAACACCUAUAAGUUCAGAGCGUUUUCUGAAAACAAGUGUGGAAUGAGUGAGAGCGCUAUCAUUACAAAGGAAGAGGCCAAGAUCUUAAAGACAGGUAUUGACUACAAGCCUCCUGAAUACAAGGAGCACGACUUCAGCGAGUCGCCCAAGUUCACCACGAAUCUGAGCGACAGAUCCACCACUGUCGGCUACAGCACCAAGCUGCUCUGCUCCGUCAGGGGAUUCCCUAAGCCCAAGAUUCAAUGGAUGAAGAACCAGAUGAUUAUUGGAGACGACCCCAAGUACAGGCAGAUCUGCGUCCAGGGUAUCUGUUCUCUGGAGAUCCGAAAGCCCGGUAACUUUGACGGUGGUGUUUACUCCUGCAAAGCCAAGAACGAUCACGGAGAAGCGAUCGUCAGCUGCAAACUGGAGGUCAAACAGCCAGUGAAUCCAGAUGCUGACAAGAAAUAGGUGAACAGCCUCUCUCUCACAGGAGCAGCGGGAACGAGGCCUCUGCAACAUAAGGAAGGUGCUGGAUUCUUGGAAGAACAUGUAUAUAUGGCUGGUGACGACACCACCAAUGGGGUGUAGCCUGUGACCUCUCACCAAAUGUGAACAUCUGUUCGGAUGAACAACUGUUGCCAUCGCUUCAUGCCUAACAAGUCCAUAUCCAUGUCCACAAUUUGCUUUUUCCAACCAUUUUUCCCCAACAACACUGUCAAUGAGUAACUACGCUAUCUUAUGUUCAAAUAUUGGACCUGCUUACUUCUUCAUCUCGUCAGUCUUACUCGCAUGAAUUUACUGUUCCUCAUAGGAGAACUACGUGUAACAUCGGCGUGUUUAUAUCAAUAAACAAUUUA